GCUGUGGGACUGAGCGGCUGGUCAGUGCAGAAGCAAGGCGUCCCGCUGCAGGAGACCUGACCCAAAGAAUGUGAAUAAACCCUCUGCGAAAUACAACAAGCAGUAUUCCCACAUCAAAAAAUGGAAGCUCAGGACCAGGAUUCUGCCGGGAGGUGGGUUGGGCUGGGAAGCCGGGAUGCCAGUUCCAGAAUCGAAGCCAUGGAGCACAUUCGUCAGGACGUUCUGAGCAAAGUCAAGGCGAUCGGGCCGCUGCCGCCCGUCUCACCAGGUGCGUCGGGAAGCCCCCCAAACAGUGAUGUGAACGACACCUUGGCUCAUCUCCUCAUGCUGUCCAAACGGUGUCCCUUUGAAGACGUCCGUGAUCAAUGCAUCCUUGUUCUCCAGGCGGUGCAGGACCUGGGGGUGAGAAUUCCGCGACCUCUUGGAAACGGCCCGAGUAGAUUCAUCCCUGAAAAAGAGAUUCUUCAAGUCAGUAAAGUGGACACCAGGACGCAGACCAUAUUCGAGGAUGCGUUUGCAGUCCUCCGUCGGCUGGACAACAUCUCCCUGGUGAUGGGCUUCCACCCGCAGUACCUGGAGAGCUUCCUCCGGACGCAGCACUAUCUCCUGCAGAUGGACGGGCCUCUGUCUUUGCACUACCGACACUACAUCGGCAUCAUGGCGGCCGCUCGCCACCAGUGCUCCUACCUGGUCAACCUGCACGUGAACGACUUCCUCCAGGUGGGAGGAGACCCCAAGUGGCUCAACGGCCUGGACGAAGCGCCUCAGAAGCUGCAGCAGCUCAGCGAGCUCAACAAGAUCUUGGCUCACCGGCCGUGGCUGCUCACCAAGGAGCACAUCGAGGGUCUGCUGAAAGCUGAGGAGCACAGCUGGUCCUUGGCUGAGCUGAUCCACGCCGUGGUCCUCCUCACGCACUACCACUCCCUGGCUUCCUUCACCUUCGGCUGCGGCAUCAUGCCUGAGAUCCACUGCGACGGCGGACACACCUUCAGGCCCCCCUCCCUCAGCCAGUACUGCGUAUGUGACAUCGCUAACGGCAACGGUCAUGCCAUUCACCACGACGACCCCCUGGGCAACCAGGAGCUGUGUGGAGAGGUGGAGGUUCUGAUGGAGCGCAUGAGGCAGCUGCAGGAGUGUCGCGACGACGAGGAGGCCAGCCAGGAGGAGAUGGCCACUCGCUUCGAGAGGGAGAAGACGGAGAGCAUGCUGGUGAUCAUGGCGGAGGAUGACGAGAACGCCCCGUCCAGAGACAUCUCCAGGCACUUUGAGGACCCCACCUACGGCUACAAGGACUUCUCCCGCAGGGGGGAGCACGUGCCCACCUUCAGAGCGCAGGACUACAGCUGGGAGGACCACGGCUACUCUCUGGUCAACAGGCUGUAUCCAGAUGUCGGUCAGAUGCUGGACGAGAAGUUUCAGAUGGCCUACAACUUGACCUACAACACCAUGGCCACCCACAAGGAUGUGGACACCAGCAUGCUGCGGCGAGCCAUCUGGAACUACAUCCACUGCAUGUUCGGCAUCAGGUAUGAUGACUACGACUAUGGUGAGAUCAACCAGCUUCUGGACCGCAGCUUCAAGAUCUACAUUAAAACCAUGGUGUGUAGUCCGGAGAAGACCACCAAACGAAUGUAUGAGAGCUUCUGGAGGCAGUUCCAGCACUCUGAGAAGGUCCACGUUAAUCUGCUUCUUAUGGAAGCGCGAAUGCAGGCGGAACUGUUAUACGCUCUGAGAGCCAUCACACGUUACAUGACGUGAUGAAGUGAAGUGCUUUUGGCGUUUAUCAUUAUUUUUUUAUAAAUACAUAUAGUUGUGUUUUUACUGUCGAUGUUGUUGCUCGUAACGGGACACUUGUAGAAAAAAGAAAAGAAUCUGUUUGGGGACAAAGGUGGAGCUGCCUCAUCCAGAACAACGCAAGAAGCAAAAAGAACUGAUGGGGCGCUGCAGUGCCAACUUUGACCAACAGAGGGCAACCGUGGACAUUUCAGUAUUCCAGCUUUGCCCCUCCCCGUCCCCCCUUUUUUUUGCUCCCUCCUUCCAGCUGAUGGAGUGAAGAUUCCCAGGAAGCUGUGCAGCCAAAAAAAAGGCGACUGCACUUUUGAUUCUGUCGUCACUGAUUUAGUUUCUUUCACUUUCUAUCAAGAGACGUUGUCGUCGUCGUCGUGGUAACUGGAGAUGGAAGCGUUGCUUUGGGCUUUUUCUAACGUGUGCCUGAACUGUCCUGCACAGUGCUGAUGCUGCUGCUCCCGUGUUCUAUUCAGUGGGGUCAUAUUGACCCCCCCGCCCCCUAAAAGAAAUCACCAUUAUCUAAUGUCAAUGUAAGCUAAUCCGACUGUCGACUGAAAGCCGGAGACAAACUCAAAGACACUGUCUGAGCCCGUUUUGAGUUUGAGUGUGUGAAUGUGAGGUCACGGACGAGUGUGUGUGAAUGCGAACGUCAUGUGUCAUACAAAAAAAAAAGAAAGCGAAGCCUGUUGAAGGAAACUUCAGCGCUUCUGCUGUAGCUGUUGUGAGGAAACACAGCGUCGUGUGUUCCCUUUGUUUUCCUGGUAAUCUAGAUUUUGGGGGGAGGCUUUUGAAAAAGGUUGUCCAGGUGGGAUUUGCUUCUGGUCGGCCCCCCCAGACCACAUGUAUCUGUCUUCCGCUAAUCCCAGACGCCUGGUUACCUUUUUGUUAUCUGAAAGCUUUGGUUGUGAAUUUUACCAGUUUAUGAAUACCUCUUGUUUUCUCUGAAACAUUUAAGAAGUGCUCUUUGGCGAGCAUCCCGGCGCCGCUGGCUCCCACUCGUCUGGGUGUUCGCGCCGCCGGUUGUAGCUGAGCUUCUCCUUCCCCUUCAGGGAAGUGUAACCAGUGCAAAGCAGCUUUUAUUUUGACUGUUUUUUUUGUUUACUAAAUCCAUUGAUGUACUGCGAUGUUCUGAUGGUGACAAUUGGACCCGUGAAUGAGACGAGCAGGCGACAAAGAAUGGUACAAUUGAAAGUGUUUGGACAGGAAGUGGAGGCGUUUGUUUUUUUUGUUUUUUUCAACCUCUGACUGAUGUCAGUUACUGACACUUUUGAUAUGGAAAGCUAUGAAAACCCUGAGGGAAAAAAAACAAUAAAGGAUGAUAUUAAAUUGUG